AUGGCACCACGUAAAAGGAGUGAUAUGUGGAAUCACUUUACUGAAGUGGAAAAUAGCAAAGCCAAAUGUGGGUAUUGUGGUAACACGUAUAGUGUUUCUGGUGGAUCUUUUGGCAAUCUGAGUCGCCACUUAAAAACUGUACAUCCCACUGUAAUACUAUCAAAAGCAGUAGUGACUAGUGAUGAAAGUCGUGUAGAUGAUCCUGCAGAUCAUGGUUCACCAGUAGAAACAUUAAUUGUUCGUGGUACUAGUAGUGUUAAAUCGAACCAACCAACUCGCAUCCAAAGUAUCAUUAUGCAUUUUAUGCAAAAUAAAAAACCUAUGGCUGUCAGUAGAUCAAAACAAAUUGAUGAGCAAGUUACAAAGAUGAUUGUUAAAGGAUACUAUGCGUUUUCCAUAGUAGACGAUAAAGAAUUUAGAAAAUUCGUAAAUAUGUUGAACCCUGGAUAUGAACUUCCUUCUCGCCAGACAGUAUCAAAAAAUUUGAUUCCCCGAUUAUACAAUUCAACAUUAGAAGUUUUAAAAAAAAAAGUUGAAAAUGCAAGUGCAGUUUCAUUAACAGCGGAUGGACGGACUUGCAUAAAUAAUAGGAGCUAUAUGGCAGUUACAGCUCACUUUAUUGAUUGUGAUGGUAAAAUGUCUUCAGUUUGUCUUGGCUGUGAACAUUUUGACCAACGGCACACGUCUGAUAAUCUAGCUGCCUUUUUAAAAAAAAUAGCAGGAUGUUUUGCCCAUUCCAUUAAUCUUGUUGUUCAACACUCUCUUGAGAAUAUUUCAGUCAUAGUAGCUAAAGUAAAAAAAAUUGUUGAGUUUUUUAAACGUAGUAGUAAUGCAUUAGUAAAACUUAAUUCAACACAAACUCAAAUGGGACUACCUACGUUGAAAUUAAAACAAGAUUGUAUGACUAGAUGGAAUUCAACAUUUGAUAUGUUGAAGAGAAUUGUCUCCAUCAAAGAUGCUGUAAUUUCAACUUUAGCUGUCUUACAAACUAACAUUGUAGUCUUAACUCCAGCAGAAUGGGAUAUAGUUGAAAGGCCAUUGAAGUAUUGCAAAUUUUUAAUGAAGUCACAAUUGAAGUUAGUUCUGAAAAAACAGUGUCUGUGUCAAAAGUAA